AUGACUGACAAACCUGCGCUGAAGACCCAUUUGAACAUUGUCAUCAUUGGGCAUGUAGACUCUGGCAAGUCUACCACCACUGGCCAUCUCAUCUACAAGUGUGGUGGGUUUGAUCCUAGAGCUUUGGAAAAGGUGGAAACUGCUGCUAGCCAGAUUGGUAAAAGUUCCUUCAAGUUUGCUUGGAUCCUUGAUAAAUUGAAGGCUGAGAGAGAACGUGGAAUAACAAUUGAUAUUUCAUUAUGGAAGUUUCAAACUAACCGAUACACAAUUACAAUAAUUGAUGCACCUGGGCACAGGGACUUUAUCAAAAAUAUGAUAACUGGGACAUCACAGGCUGAUGUUGCGCUGCUGGUAGUUUCUGCUGCCACAGGGGAGUUUGAGGCUGGGGUAUCAAGAAAUGGGCAGACUAGGGAGCAUGCGCUUCUGGCUUACACUAUGGGCGUUAAACAGCUUGUUGUCUGCGUCAACAAAAUGGAUAUGACCGAUCCUCCUUAUAGUCAAAAAAGGUUUGACGAAGUAGUAAGAAAUGUUACUAUGUACCUUAAGAAGAUUGGCUACAACCCGUCCACUAUUCCCUUUGUCCCAGUCUCUGGAUGGACUGGAGAAAACAUAACUUCACCUAGUCAAAAGAUGAGCUGGUUUAAGGGCUGGAAAGUGAAACGAAAAGAUGGCUUUGUUAAAGGUCAAUCUCUACUAGAGGUUUUAGACUCCCUAGUCCCACCGGUGCGUCCAGCCAACAAACCCUUGAGGUUACCAUUGCAAGAUGUCUACAAAAUAGGUGGAAUUGGCACAGUGCCUGUUGGUAAAGUUGAAACUGGGAUCCUUAAACCUGGGAUGACUCUUUCCUUUGCACCCUCUAACUUCACUGCAGAAGUUAAAUCCAUAGAGAUGCACCAUGAGCCGGUGCAGACUGCUUUCCCAGGAUAUAAUAUAGGGUUUAACGUGAAGAACAUUGCUGUGAAAAGUCUAAAACGCGGUAAUGUCGCUGGGAAUUCUAAGAGUGACCCACCUACGGAUGUGUCAAACUUUACUGCUCAGGUGAUCAUUCUGAACCACCCAGGCUAUAUUAAGGCUGGCUACUCGCCAGUUAUAGACUGUCACACAGCACACAUCACAUGCCAGUUCUCAGAACUCCAGGAGAAGGUGGACAGACGAAAUGGCAAAAAACUGGAGGAUAAUCCGGCUAUGCUAAAAUCUGGAGACGCAGCAAUAAUAAAACUUACUCCUAUAAAACCUUUCUGUGUAGAACGAUUCUGCGACUACCCACCUUUAGGAAGAUUUGCUGCCAGAGACUUGAAGCAAACUGUUGCAGUCGGUGUCAUCAAAUCUGUGGAACGAAAACUUGGAAGUGCGGCUAGAAGACAGCAAGCACAAAAACCCGUGCUUGUGACAUAGACUUGUAAAAAGAAUCCCAUAAAGCCAAGCAGGCACACUUUAUUUCUAUUUAUUUUGAUAUACGAUAGUUUUGCUUUUGUUAAUGCUUUAAUAUUUCAGGAGACUAUGUAUGCAAGUGAACAUGGAACUGAAUUUCAGUUGAGGGCUUUUAAUUUGACAUGACUCUAGUGAAUGAAACACAAAUGUGUAACUGAGAAUAUUGUAUUUUCAUUGAAGAAAAUAAAUUAUGAAUCUGAAAA